AUGUGGUCGUCCACUUCCAGCGUUAUACGCUUGACCGCGGAGAAUACUCUGGGAAAGACGACACCAGGUAAGCCCAAAGUACAGAAGGCUACGUGGUUUUGGAACGAGGACGUUCAGGCGGCAAUUGGUGAGAAGAAGUCCAAGCAUAAGCUCUGGUGGAGGAAACGUCAGCCUGAAGACCUAGCGUGCUUACCUAGCGGCGAAGAGGGAGGCUAA